CCCCCCCCCCCCCCUUUUUUUAAUCAUGGGAGAAGGACGGGAUGGAGGGAAUCUUGUCAAUAUCUAUGAACAGACAACACUCAUGUCAAUGGUCAAUAUGAGGGAACAUGCGACAAUAUACGAUGUGAUCAGACAAGAGGUCAUGGAUGUUUCUUUGUAUGACUACACACACCUGUUUGGGAGGUGGCAUUUUCCCUCCGCGUUUAGCUCUGUGUCUUUAACACACUAAAUACUCCUGUCAUUCUAAUUCUGAGUUCCGAGAUAGUAUUAAUGAGUGAUGGGAAAUAAUGUCAACAAC